CGAGGAACCAUAGGUUGGAGAACUUGUCGCCUUAGCAACAGCGAGGCUUUCGCUAUCACAACGAGCAGGCAAAAUGUUUUUUCAAAAGCUAUAAUCUUCCAAAAACUAAUUUCGAUGUACUUUUUAAAGCCGGUAUGGCCACAAGCAACCCAUCGGUGUUUCUUCUCUCGGUGAAUGGGCAGAUUGAGGGAGCGAAUUUUCCGAGCUAUGACGACUUGUACUGCAAAUAUUGCUUUGUUUAUGGCCAAGACUGGAUACCCACCACUGGUUUGGAGGAAGGCAUCACUCAAAUAACAUCUAAAGGUAGUCAAUCGUCACAAAAAUUGAUAUGGAACUUCCCUCUGGACAUAACUUUUAAGAGCACAAACCCUUCAGGAUGGCCUCAACUUGUGCUGAGUGUUUAUGGACCAGACCUGUUUGGCAAUGAUGUGGUCAGAGGCUAUGGAGCAACACACAUCCCACUAACACCUGGAAAACAUACACGGAUCCUCCCCAUGUUUGUUCCUGAACCCACAUGGAGACUUCAGAGGUUCACGAGUUGGCUUUGGGGACGUCGACCAGAGUACACAGACCCUAAAGUGGUGGCCCAGGGUGAAGGCCGAGAAGUGACACGGGUUUGCUCUCAAGGAUUUGUUACAGUCUGCUUUAACAUCGUAAUGAAGGACAUGAAGAAACUGGGAUACAAUUCUGGACCAUCAAAUUCACCAAGUGCACCUUUCGCCACCUCAUCGGGCCUGUCCACAGAGGAACAUACACAUUUGUGAUUAUAUUGAGCAUUUCUAGUUAACAUUCUGAUGAUGAUCACAACAAAUGCUUUACUGUUUCAAUUCAAAAUGUUUUAUGCAAGUGUUUUUUUAAAAGUAAAUGUAUUUUUUACAUAAUGUUUGACUUUCCACUUUUUAUGAUCUGUUUCUUUUUUUUUUAAAAGACACUGACAAUAGUUCGAGCUGAAAGUGAUAUACAUUUUAUUUUGAACCAAUGCAGCUACACUCAUCCUCAACCAACAGUCUGCGGCCUGUUGCUCUCAUUUUGUUUAGAUGCCGUUAAGAUUCCACGGUGAUGUUUUCCUACAAAAACCCAUAACACAGAAUAAUAAAGGUCAAAAAAAAAAAAAAAGAACGGUAUGUUACAAUAGUACAAAUGAUAAAUUAUAUUAUACAGUUAUAAUGCCGACAGAUUGAGCACAUCGAAUAAAAAGCAGCCUGCUCCCGGUACUAUGAGAAGGGUAACUAGACAAGACGUGACGAAGAAUAAAAAGGUGGCUAAUUAAUGCAUAUAAAGACAGUCUUGUAAGGUCGGGUAGUUUCCUCUCAAUAAAAGCAUAGUGAAUACAAAGUGAUGCCUCGUAAGCUUGCCACAUGUAAGUACACAGUCGGAAAAAAGUGGUCAUUUGAAGUUGUCAUCCGACAGUUCCAUUUUUUUUCUCUCUCUUUUAAUGCAGCCAUCAUCACUUCAAGGUUAGUGACAUCUAGGAGGGUGAGAAAAACAGAUUACAGUAGGCCCAGUAUUAGCAAAUCCAACUUUGCAAAACACCUUUUCAUUUUGCUUUUUUUUUUUUAUGAUCUUUCCACAAUGUUUGCAUAUAUAUAUUUUGCAAUUAAACAGUUUCGCUGGACUGUGUGCACUUAAUUCAGGCAUCCAGCCAUCAGCCAAGCAUAAAAAAAAAUCCCAGUUGAAGCCAUCCCUCCAUUUGCCUGAGACAAAUGUAGCGC